GCCGAGUGGUAAAAUCGUCCCACCUGAGCGGACCCGUCCUCCUCCUCCUAUUACAGUAUAUAAGACAACAAAGUUAGAGAGGAGGGUUAGAUUCACACAGGGGAACUAACAGCAGCGCUCUUUGGAAAGACAAGAAGAAAAGGUAUAACCAUGAAAAGCAUCCACUCCCUGGCCGGUAUCCUUCUGCUCCUCGGCUUUGUGCAGAGCAGCUGGCAGGUUCCUCUGCUCGAGGCUGAUGACAGCUCAAGUUUCGAGGCAGACGACACGUUAGGCGACGAGCAGAAGGAGCUGUCCAACAUGAAGCGACACUCGGAGGGGACCUUCUCAAACGACUACAGCAAAUACCUGGAGGACAGGAAGGCGCAGGACUUUGUCCGGUGGCUGAUGAACAACAAGAGGAGCGGGUCAGGCGCUGCAGAGAAGCGCCACGCAGACGGGACCUUCACCAGCGACGUGAGCUCCUACCUCAAGGACCAGCUAAUCAAAGACUUUGUCGCCAGGCUCAAGUCUGGACAAGUCAGAAGAGAAUCUGAAAUGGAGAGGCGGGGUGAGGCGUUCAGCAGGAGGCAUGUAGACGGGAGCUUCACCAGCGAUGUGAACAAGGUGCUGGACUCCAUGGCGGCUAAGGAAUAUUUACUCUGGGUCAUGACCUCCAAGCCUUCAGGGGAGAGUAAGAAAAGACAAGCGGGCCAAUGAGACGCUCCGGGACUCCCUCUGCGCUGCUCACUAAGCCAUAUUCAAGAGGAAUAGGAAGCCAUACAGCUUUGGAUGUGAUCGUUUUAAAGUCUUUUUUUUUUUCUACUUAAGUGUGUGAUGCAGACGUGACAAAAUCUGCCCCCCUCGUCCAUAGUUCUUAUGGUGGACCGGAGAGGAGCUGUGAAAAUCGAGAGCAUAUUUUUUUCUACAAGUUUAAAUUAUUUUCUAUAUUUUUAAUGUAAAAAGAACACAAUUUAAAUCUCAGGUUUAGAAGCCUAUAGGGAAAAAAAUAACAAAAAACACAUAGUGUAGUUGGUUUUCAUUGCAUAUUCUAAAUCCACUCUGCAAAAUAAAGUUUUUCAUUGUG